CCUGCGUUUGAUUCAUUCCCAGAUUGCGCCUUCGGCCAAGCGUUGAUUCACCGCCACAGCCUGGGGAGAUUUGGAAACUUGUGUUUCUGAAACAAGACACUCUCUCACAUUUACCUCGCCCCAAGGGGCCGCCAUAAAGGUCCAAACUCGUGUCUGUUGUACCAUUGGAGACGGUAUCAACAGCGCCUCAAGGGGAAAAGCUCUCCAAUUGACGUCAUCAAAUUUGGGACCUUUUUCUACUGACGCAUCCAUCCGAAUGACGAAAAUGAACGUGAGCAUUCCUGGGGAGACCAUUCCCCAGCUUGUGGAGUUCUGGGCACAUGCUCCAGGUUCUGACACUCCAGCCUUUGUGAGCUUUGAUGAGAAUGGAGAAAAACGAAGCUUGAACAGGAGACAAGUGUUUCAUUUUGCAAGGAGGUUUGCCCAUAGACUGCGGAGGCUUGGGGCAAGAAAAGGGACUAUCAUUUGUAAUGCUCUACCAAACUCUCUUGAGCGACUUAUAUGUGAUUUUGGAAUCGUUUUCUCUGGCGCAGUAUCUAUGAAUGGUCAGAUAUUCCGUGCAGAUGGUGAGGACUUUUUAGACUCUUUACAGACUUCCGAAUGCUUUAUGGUGAUUGUUGGUCCUAGUGCUGCCAACAGAGCAAGAAAAUGUCUCCUUAAUGAAGUACCUGAAGGUUGUGAAGACUCAGUACAGUCGACCCGACUGCCCCAUCUCCAGAAAUUGUUGUAUUGUGUCCGAGAUGAUUGUGAUCCUACGAAAGAUUUCAUUUCUUCUCUAGAAGAUUCAAGUCUUCCUGAGUUCAUGGAAAAUGUAGUUCCAAGUGAAUUGGCCUCUGUGAUGACAACAUCAGGCAGUACAGGUUACUCAAAGUUGGUCAAACUAACCCAUCAAAACUUAUGUCACUUCUGCUUACAAGUAAAAGCCAUUGAACAUUUAGCGAGCGGAAGCCGUUUCAUCAACUGUGCCCCCCUUGGCUGGGCCGGAGGCUACCCUCAGUGGUAUCUCUCCUGCGGAGUCACUCGCUAUUUUCUAGACAUGCAUGAUGGACCACCUAGGGACCUACCCGCUACAAUAUGGAAAACGAUUGUUGAAGAGAAAGUGGUCUACGGCUUUUUAUCACCCAUGUAUGUGAACGCAAUACUGUCAAAUACAGCAUCCUGGCAAAAUGUUUCGUGGAAGCCCAAAACUUUGUGUCUGGCAGGUCAACCUGUGAAGAAGCAGCUGUUGGACAUAAUUGGAAAAUUAUGUGAGUCUGUGGACAUUAACUAUGGUAUAACAGAAAACAAUCUGGUGUCAACUCACCGAAUCACCGAUUCUUCUACGUAUAUUGAUGGGUGUGCUGGAUACCCUGGCUUUGGUGUGCAGGUUAAAGUUGUUGACAAGCAGAGAAAUGAACUUCCGAAAGGAAAAAGUGGUGAGAUUCUGGUCUGCAGUCCAUCCCUCUGUCAGGGGUACUUGAACAAUGAUGAGGCCACCAAAUCAACCUUUACAGAUGACGGCUGGCUGUGCACAGAUGAUGCUGGUUAUGUCGGGGAAGAUGGAAAACUCUAUGUGAAGGGACGUCAGUCUGACAGCAUAAUGAGGGGGGCGUACAUUCUCUACCCUGGCUGGCUGGAAGUGAAGCUCCGUGAAGUACCAGGGGUCAAGGACGUGGCAGUGGUUGCUGUUCCUGAUAAAGUGUUGCACAAUGAAAUCUGUGCAUGCGUACUGACAGAUGACGUUAUGGGGUCGGUUGUUGGCAGGUUGCAUGAAAAUAAUGCUGCAGAUCACAGUGUCGAUACCGAAAGACAACAAACAUCUGUAAUGCCCUCGUCAACAGUUUCGUCUGUUAGUGAAGAGAGUUUCAAUGAAGAUGUAGAUGAGCCUGAUAAUGCUUCAUUUGGUUUUCUGCGUUUGCAAAGCAAAGGCUUAACUGACCAUCUUGUGAAUACUCAGAAUGAUAAUGACUCUAAGUAUGGAGGUGUAAAGGGUCCAUCAGUAAGUCGUGCUGGAAAGUCAAAAGAGUUGGAAAGGAUACGAACAGAAGGGGUUCAUACACAGCUGACAACAUCCUAUAACAAAACAAAAGCUCUAGAAAAGCCAAUAAAAGGGGAGAAAGGGAACCACGGAGAUUUGUUGUCACUAGAACAGAGACUCAGAGAGUAUGCAGAUGGUCUGCAGGUCUUAUCAGAAAAAGAUGCCAUGAGAAUGGUGCCUAAGUACUAUAUCUUUGUAGACAAAUUUCCUCUCACCAGUACUGGAAAAUUGAGUAGAAAAGAGGUACGCAAAACAGCCACAGCCUUGUUAGACCUCUGCUAAAUGUAGAUUAAAGUUACUCCUGAGGAUCUGAGAAAAAAAUGUGUGUCAAGUGAUAGUGCUUUCAAAUGACUGUGAAAUCCUAGCGUGUGUAAGUAUGUUAUCUGUGUAGUAUCUUUUUCUACUUUUUUACUGUUGCCUUUUAAAUAGAGAUACAAAUUGUAAACUGCCAAAAAGUAAGCAAAAUUAUGAUUGUCAUAAAGUAUUACUGCUCACAUUUGUUUGCUCUACUGUGUUUCAGUGACUCAUCAAUCCAUUUAAAGUUGCAAAUAUUCAUGCAACGUAAUGUUUGUUCUACCUCAAAUCUGCUAUCCCACUUAAAUUUCAUGCUGUUGGUUUUAAAUAGCGUAUAUUUUUUUCUCAAAUAUCUUAAUGUAAUCAGACUACAAUUUGCUUCUGAUGAAUAUCAUAUAAUGUGUAAAAACCAUAGGGCUGCUGAAGGUGAUACUGAUAAUGGAUAAGUGGUGUCAGACUUCACUGUACCCCUUGCUUUGAAUGAGAGAUGUACUACACCAGUACAGUGUAUACUUUCUACAUGUGUUGUGUCUUUCCAAGGUUCUUUUAUGUCGUGAUGAUCUUCAGAUUUAUAUAUUGAGCUCUCCCUGUGUCUCAGAUUCAGGAUUUAACAGAUCUCUUGUAUAUUUGCCUUUUCUGAGAAAAAAUUCAUUGCCACAUUUACAUGAUAAAAAAGAUGUUAUAUAUUAUGAUAUUUACAUACAGAACUUUUUCUUGAUGGGAGGCUAUGAUUAUUUUAGAGCUGUGCAUGAGUAGUUCCCUCAGUAUCACUGACAUGUGGCGCAAAAGUGGUGGAGACUUUUCUUUCCUUUUUAAAAAAAA